GAAAGCCUUCAUGGUCAUUAAUCUCGUGUUUUGUGUAGUCAAUUUGAGGUUAUAAUAAACAAACUUUAAACGUGUUUUCUUUUAUUCAAUUUAAUUAAAAACAACAACAAUAUAAUUAACACGAAAAAAAAAACAAAAAUGGAGUCACAGUUUAAAGUAGAUUUAACUCUUCAACAAAUAUCAUUAACACGUGUUGCAAUAAAUUUAUGGGAACAACCAUUAAUUAAAAAAAAAAUACGACAAUCAAUAAUUACAAUGGAAAAAACAACAACAACAGCAACUAAAAAUGACAAUGAAAAAAUAAAAUUGAUAAAAUUAUUAUUACAACAAAUACAAGAUAUGGAUAUAUUAGAUUCAAUGAAGCAUUUAUUGUCAUGUAUGAUUAAACCAAUUGGUGACAGACUGAUGGAUUGGCUAACAAGGAUUCACAAAAAAUUAAAAGGAUACACAAUAUAUCCAACAAUAUAUAAUUAUCUUGAUAAUAUCCACUGGACAACAAUUGGAACAAUCGAUGAAGUAAAGGUAUUCAAAAAAAUAUACAACAAUAUUGAUAAUGUAAAUAGUAUUAAUAUGAUAUUUUUAUUUGAAGAAUCAUGUUAUUAUUGUUUAAAAAAAUACAUAACAACAAUGUGGAAUGAUUUUUCAUAUGUUGAAAGAGAUAUAUUAUGGUCAAAAGUUGAAUCAAAUGGACCAACACCAGAUGUAUAUAAUUUAAUAUAUUGGAUACUUUAUUUAUCUGAUAAACAAUUACUUGAUUUUAUCAAAGAAUUUUCACCAAAUGAUUAUUUACCAUACAAAGGUUUAACUGAUAAAAGAAAUAUGUUUAAUUUUUCAUCAACAAUUGGCAAUGAUGUAUCAGUUAAAUAUUUUUUUAAUCGUUUAACAGAUGAUGAAAAAAAUAAUUAUUUAAUUCAUGCUGCUGAACAAUUAUUAUUUAAUGAAAAAGAAAGACAAUAUAAUCAUUCAUUAGUACCAAUUGAUAAACAAAUUAAUAAUUUAAAAUUCAUUGGUGAUACAUUAAUUUUUUUCAUCAAAGAAAUGUCUGUUGAUACGAGAAAUAAAUUUUUUAAUAAAUCAUGUAAUUUUAUACUUGGUGCAUUAGCCAGAGAAUUGCCAUGGAGAUUUUUUUAUUUAACUGUAUUAAAUUAUUGUUGGAGUUAUUUUGAUGAUUUUAAUUAUCAAAUAUUAUUUAAUAAUAUUAUUAAUAUUAUUAUUGAGGAAAAUAAAUAUAAUGGUACAAUGAAAUAUUCAAGUUUAUGGCUGAUAAGUGAAACAUGGAAAAAUAGUCCAUUAAAAUUGAAAAAAAGUAUUAAUAAAUAUGAAAUUAUUGAUAGUUUUUUAAAUAAUAUAUUAACAAGUGAUUAUGAA